AUGCUGCUUGUAAUGGCAAGCACUGGACUUUUUGCAUCUGUUCCCGGCUUGCAUCAAAUGACCGUUAGCCGAAUGGGUAAUGUACUUCCGCAGCUGAUCCGAGACACAUUGCCUGCAACUCCACCCCCUAUACCGCCAGCGCAACCAGAACCGACGUCCUUAACAUCAGUGGCAUCUGCAAGCCGAGUUGGUGGUCGAGUCCAUAUCGCUCCAGCUAUUCCUUCACCAUCUGAGGAGUCACUGCCGUCUACGACAUCAGCUCCACAACCAGCAACCGCGUUUGCUACAGAAUCCACGCCAUCAGCAGUAGUUCCGCCUCAUCACCCAAAUGAUCCUGUCCAUAGUAAUGAACAACCUGCCAUACCAGCCACAGUUCCUGUGAAUAUACCAUUGGUGAGCCAAAUUGAUCAUCUUGCUUGCUUUUAUAUAAGCAGUUGGUAUCUGCUUAGUUGGGAUGACAACAUUCGAAUGUUAUUGCAAGCUCAAAAUUACGGUACUAUCGCUUCAAAUAAUCCAGGACGUGUUCAUCGUCAUCUUUAUAUCAAUAUACUCUGGAACAGUUUGCAUUUCACAGGCUCACCAGCACCAGCUUGUAUUACGUUGACGAAACUCGUACCGCUUUUCUCUGUGUCAAAAAUGUUUGAGAAAUUGGUUGUUUUGGUUGAACAUUGUGUACCAUUUAGAAGUUCCCUCUAAAC